GGCAGGCCAGGCCGGGCCAGGCGGGGGGGACGGGACGGGGGAGAAGGCGAGAGCGCGGGCCGCGGCCGGCCGCCCCUCAGCAUGUCCGACUUCGACGAGUUUGAGCGGCAGCUCAACGAGAACAAGCAGGAACGAGACAAGGAGAAUCGUCAUCGUAAGCGCAGCCAUAGCCGGAGCCGCAGCCGAGACCGGAAGCGGCGGAGUCGUAGCCGAGAUCGCCGCAACCGUGACCAGCGAAGUGCUUCUCGGGACCGGAGGCGGCGCAGCAAACCUUUGACCAGAGCUGCUAAAGAGGAACACGGUGGAGUAAUUCGAUCUCCUCGUCAUGAGAAGAAAAAGAAGAUUCGAAAAUACUGGGAUGUCCCACCACCUGGCUUUGAGCACAUCACCCCCAUGCAAUACAAAGCGAUGCAAGCUGCCGGUCAGAUUCCAGCCACCGCCCUACUUCCAACCAUGACACCUGAUGGCCUGGCAGUGACUCCCACACCUGUGCCUGUGGUUGGGAGCCAGAUGACCCGGCAGGCCCGUCGACUCUAUGUUGGCAACAUCCCUUUUGGCAUCACAGAGGAAGCCAUGAUGGAUUUCUUCAACGCCCAGAUGCGCCUGGGGGGGCUUACCCAGGCCCCUGGCAACCCCGUCUUGGCCGUGCAGAUUAACCAGGAUAAGAACUUUGCCUUCCUAGAGUUCCGAUCGGUGGAUGAGACGACUCAGGCCAUGGCCUUUGAUGGCAUCAUCUUCCAGGGCCAAUCACUCAAGAUCCGAAGGCCCCAUGACUACCAGCCACUGCCUGGCAUGUCCGAAAACCCCUCUGUCUACGUGCCCGGUGUCGUGUCCACCGUGGUCCCAGAUUCUGCUCACAAGCUGUUCAUUGGGGGACUCCCCAACUACCUGAAUGACGAUCAGGUAAAGGAGCUGCUGACUUCAUUCGGGCCGCUCAAAGCCUUUAACCUGGUGAAAGACAGCGCCACCGGCCUCUCCAAGGGCUACGCCUUCUGUGAGUACGUGGACAUCAACGUCACCGAUCAGGCCAUCGCGGGGCUCAACGGGAUGCAACUGGGGGAUAAGAAGCUACUGGUACAGAGGGCUAGUGUGGGAGCCAAGAACGCCACGCUGGUGAGCCCUUCGAGCACGAUAAACCAGACGCCGGUGACGCUGCAGGUCCCGGGCCUGAUGAGCUCGCAGGUGCAGAUGGGUGGCCACCCCACGGAGGUGCUGUGCCUCAUGAACAUGGUGCUCCCCGAGGAGCUGCUGGACGACGAGGAGUACGAGGAGAUCGUGGAGGACGUCCGGGAUGAGUGCAGCAAGUACGGGGUGGUCAAGUCCAUUGAGAUCCCCCGGCCAGUGGACGGUGUGGAGGUCCCCGGCUGCGGCAAGAUCUUCGUGGAGUUCACGUCUGUGUUCGACUGUCAGAAGGCGAUGCAGGGCCUGACAGGCCGCAAGUUCGCCAACAGAGUGGUUGUCACAAAGUACUGCGACCCUGACUCCUACCAUCGCCGGGACUUCUGGUAGAAGCAGCUGGGGAGGGGGGCCGGGUCAGGGGGCCGGAGCUGGCUGGGGGACCCCCCAUCCCUUCCCCCUCACUCGGUCCUGGCCAGGAGAGGAGGAAGAGGCACCCCGGAGGCCGAAGGCUGGGGGCUGAAGCUCUGGGCAGGGAGGGGCUGGGGUGCGGACACACACAAUACACACACAAUACACAACAGACACACACACACUGGGGGAUGGGGGAUGGGGGAG